AUGGCUGAGAAAAGUGAUGUUGAAAACUGGCUGAGCUCACUAAGUUAUCAGGAACUACGUAAAUUAGCUGGCGAAUAUGGUUUCAAAAAGAAUCAGAAGCUUUCAAGUGGAUCUCCCAAACAAACUAGGAAGCGAAUUCAUAGCAGUGAUGUUGGUGCUAGUGACGGUAAUUCACAGUCUCUUAAAGAAUCAAGCUGGAUUUCUGAAGAGGGUGGAAAAAAUCACGAGUCUUUCAAGGACGCUGAAAUCACUGACGAUGGUAGCUUUAUGGCUAGAUCUUUGUCUGGAGAUGACGGCUAGUGUGUGGCCAUAGACUUAGAAGCUGACUUUAGUGAUGCUGUAGGAGUCGAAAAUAGUGGUUCUUGCACUUUGAAGGUAAAACCGUUGGAUGCCGAAGCUUCAGGUGCGUCUUUGCCGCCUACAGACCUUCCCACAGAUAAAGUUCAGGUGAUUAACGAAGUUGCUCGGCCAAAAACCAUAACGGACCAGUUUGCUGCGAAGCAUCAAAAGCUGUACCAGAAAUGUACGAAUAUUGAAGAAGAUGCCAAACGUAUUCUGGAACUUCAUGACAAACAUGAAAAAGAAGUCCCAUUUCUUUUCAAGCGCUUAGCGACUCCUAAGUCUCUGAGAAAGGGAAGAUCUGCGCUUCCGAUUCCAGUCAGGAAUACUGCCAUUCAGUCGGAUGUUAAAGGGUAUGAUUUUUCCAACGCGAUCGGAAAUGCGUCAAAAAAGUCCUUCAACUUUGGGGCAUUGAAUCCUGGAAGAACUGAGGAUCUACAUAAAGCUUUUCACAGCAGCAAGUCACCUGCACGUCUUAUCUUGCACUCACUUAAUGAAGAUGCACAGUCUGCGGUGAAAGAGGGAAACGAUAAUUGCAACGUUAGUGAAGAACCUCAACAAACUAUGAAGUUAUGUCCGAGGUAUCAGAAAUGUUGUACGCCAGAAAGACGGACAUUAUUAGAGAGCGAACGACAUAAAAGAGUUAUGCCAUUCGUUGACACUAUGACCAUGAGUGAUACGCAGUUUGAAAUGGCGAAGAAGGAGGGAAAAAUACCUACUUUUAUGGGAAGGAACAGGUUGGAGAAUGCAGCCACAAAGUGGCGUUCUCUUUUAUCAAAAAUCGUUUUAUUAUGCUAA